AUGCUCGUAAGCACUAUCAAGAACCCAGAUCGUGUGCUACAUGGUGAUCUUAUGACAUCCCCUUCAAGUCAAGCAGGACGCCAUGGUAUGAGUUGCUUAGCCUCCGAGCAUGAUCCCGAAGGUUGCCGAGAGUUAAAGCAGAUGCGUGUGUCUUUUGGGGAUGACAUUGCCGGAUCUCAAUUCCAAGCACUGAUUCCGUCCUUUAUUAUUAUAUCGGAUCGUAGAUUGAUUUCUGGCCUCUCUUUUAUUUUCGAUGACGGCCGAUCCGUUGAUGCGGGCUAUGUUGUGGCAGGGCACAAAGACUUCGCUACUCGACACCAUUCUGAGUCUAUAUGGGUUAUUUGUAGCCCCGCCGGAUUUGAGACAAUUACGCUCGGUGAAUAUCCGCAAGAAAUCGUCGACCGUCAUAGUGAAAGUAGGAUUGCAAUGGCUAGGUUGCCAUGCCAAGGCCUCAAGGGCAUUGUCCUUGGUCUCAAUGCCAUGCAAAUUGUUCGGAUCUACUUUGAUAGAAACGAACAAGACAGCCUCGAUAAUAUCCUCUGGACAUUACCUUAUCCCGUGUCGGCCCCUUCUCUAUGCAAUGACGACGUGAGAGCUUUAUGUGAAUUGCAAAGGGCAUCGUUCACGCCGGCUUCAACCGUGUGUAUUGAACCGGCAAAGGGACAACUAAUCGCAAUCAAAGUACAUAGUCCUCUAGGGCCUGGUGCUGGUAUUUCCGGUAUCCAGUUUGUUUAUGGCAGUGGUCUCACAACUGGAUGUGGUACCGCUGAUGAUACUGCCACACUAGCUUUUUUCCUCGAUGAAGCAGAACAGCUGACCCAGGUCACAGUCUACAAGAUUGGUUCUUUUGUUCAUCAUCUGAAAUUUUCAACGAGCCACAAGAGGGCGAGUGGUCUGUUGCCACAAUUGACGGUGCCAAAUACAGAGAUAGAGUGUGUCGAGUAUACGUCUACAGACAAUCAGUCUAUAACCGGAUUCUGCUGCUGCUUUAUAGAGGCGACCAAACAACUUCACUGCUUUGGGGCAAUAGGAGAAGCUAUUGCCAUCUCUUCGAAGUCUACCAGUUUACCCCCGGUCGAUAUUCCCGACGACAUAAUCAGCAAUCAUGGCAUUCACCGAUCUCAUUUACUACUACCGAAGAAGUAUCGGUCAGUUCGGGCAUCUGUUAAUCCCACCGAUUCAAAGUAUCGGAACAGGGGCCAAGUCACCGGCCUUAUCUUCCGACUAAGCAACGAUACCCGCCACCCCGAUUUGCUUGGCCAAUGGACAGGGUUUGGUGAAAUUUGCUACUUGGAAGAGGACGAGCAGAUUUUAGAUUUAGAGGUCACAAGGCGUAAACCAAGGUGCAGGGUUCCAAGGCCGUGGUUUUUACAAAUUCAGGGAAUCACUAUAGUGACUAAUCUGAGGAGAAUAACCUGGGAUUUCCAAAGAUCGUAUAUUUUUGCCGCAACAACAUUCAAAUGGAUCUGCCUGUAUUUUGUCAUCAAAGAUCGGUUAAAUCAUCAAAAAUCUAGAGUACGAGCACACUAUCACUGA